AUGAUUGGAGAGCUUGAUUUUCCAUUUUUAGGCGCCGGUAGCACCGGAGGAGCUUGUGGUUUCGCAGUGGCUAAUCCACCAUUAUACGGGAUGGUUUCAGCUGGAGGUCCUUCAGUGUUCAACAAUGGAAUAGGAUGUGGAACAUGUUUUCAGAUUCUAUGCAAUGGGCAUCCAGCAUGCUCGAGGAGACCAAUAACGGUGACGAUAACCGACGAAUGCCCUGGUGGUCCUUGUGCCUCUGAACCAGCCCACUUUGAUCUUAGCGGCAAAGCCAUGGGUGCCUUAGCCAGACCUGGCCAAGGCGAUCGACUUCGAUCGGCUGGUGUUCUACGUGUUUACUACAGACGCGUGGAAUGUUUAUAUCGAAGAACUAACAUAGCUUUCCGUAUGGACCCUGGAGCAAAUCCGUACUACAUUUCAUUUGUUGUCGAGUAUGAAAACGGUGAUGGAGAUUUGGCCUAUAUAGAAAUUCAACCAGCCGACGGAGAAUUCAUCCCCAUGCAAGAAAUGAGGUCUGCUGUAUGGAAGAUCAGCUCUGGCAGUCCUCUAACAGGACCAUUCAACAUCAGACUUACUUCUGCUGAAUCUCAUAAAGUAGUCCUAGCUUAUAAUGUUAUUCCGGCGAAUUGGAAACCUAAUGAAACUUACCGUUCAGUUGUGAACUUUAAGUAG